UUAUGAUGUGCGCUCUUCGCCUCACUCAUAACCUUAAUAUGUCCGUUUAAUAGUUUGAUAUAGGGUAGCACCCAGAGUUUCGGGGGCUGGAGUGUACGGGUUCGGGUCGGGUUUUUGCCAAAAAAAUGGUCGGAUCGGCAUUUUGCCCGCACGGGGGUGGGCGUCGGGAUCGGGGUAGAGCCUUCGAGGUUUGGGUCUGGGUUUUUGCAUAAAAAUUCUUCGGGGGGCGAGGUGCACAAUAGUUUAAUAACCCAGGGGAAAAUUUUGACCCCCCCCCCCCCCCCCCAAAUACAACCAAGGUAUGGCAAGAAGAUCCCAUCUGUCUUUUUACCAGUGAGUUGCCUGUUUCGAUUUUUGACUAACGCUUUUUCCCUCCUUUUUCCCUCGCCUGCUUUCCUCUUCUGGGUUAUCGUUGUGUUUUACCAAUGAAAAAUAUUAGUGGUCAGUCAGUAGAAUAUACAUAUAUUUUUGUUUGGCUAAUUUUUUGUCGUUAACCUUCGCCCGAAUCUCCAUUUUAAAAUAAACAUUUAAAACUUUUACUUUUUUAGUGAAAUGGAGAAAAUGACUGGUCCCAAAGUUAAGAAGCAGACUACUGUGCCUGCCAAAGUUGAAAUUAAUAUAAAUAUCAAUAAUCUGAAAGGUAAAAAGAAAGAAGAAAAUGUUGGAAAAAUUGUGAAGAAUACUGGAAAGGCUGACAAAAAUAACGGAAAAACUAACGAAAAGCAAGGGGAGACUAUCAAAAAUAAAGGGAAGAAUAUUAAGAAUCAAGGGAAGAAUGUCAAAGAGCAGGAAGAAAAUGUCAAAGAGCAAGGAACGAUUGUCAAGGAUCAAGGAAGAAGUGUCAGAUCUACUAGAGCUACAACUAGACAGAACGGUCAAUCCACUAGCAAUAAUAAUGGAAAUGAUGAAACUUGGGAAGAAGAAGAAGAGAAAGAAAAGACUCCAAGAAAGCGAAAACAUUUUCCUCUUUUUGAGAAAACUCCUGCUAGUCAGAAAAACAAGAAAUUUAAGAAAGGGCAGCCAUUAAAAAUUUGGACUUGGAAUGUUGCUGGGCUUAGGGCGAAUGUUAAGAAAAAUGGACAUGUCAAAAUUAAAGAAUCUGAUGCUGAUAUUGUUAGUCUUCAGGAAACAAAAUGUCCAGAAUUGCCUUCAGAAAUAGAGGCUUUGGAUGAAUAUUGCUUCAAAAAACUUGCUAAAUCGACUAAGAAUUUGGUACAUGCUGGAGUUGCUAUGCUGGCUAAAGAAAUGCCUAUUAAUGUUACCGUCGGUCUUGGAAACAAAGAUUUUGACGGUUUUGGACGUUAUAUUGAAGCGGAAUAUAAAAACUUUUUCUUUAUUUCUGUUUAUGUUCCAAACAGCGGUGCUGGAUUAGUUAAUUUGCCAGCUAGAGGACGUUGGGAUCAACUGUUUUUGACUCGUGUAAUUGAUUUGGAUAAACAUUUACGCAAUCCUGACUCAAACCGAAACAAAACAGCUGGAUUUACUGAUCAAGAAAGGGAAGCUUUUACUCGAUUAUUGGAUGCUGGUUUUGUGGAUGUUUGGCGUUCUCGUAAUCCUGACGUGGCUGAGACUUAUACUUAUUGGUCUUAUAUGGGCACUCGUCGAGCUAAAAAUAUUGGUUGGCGUUUAGAUUAUUUUGUUAUUAGUGAACGUCUUUUGGAGAAAGUAAUUGAAUGUGAAAUUCAUUCGGAUAUUACGGGAAGUGCCCAUGGAAGUGAUCAUUGUCCUCUUUCGUUAAUUAUUGAUAUUUAA